UUUGUGAUAACAGAGCAAUAUGUCCAGAAUUCCACUCUACCUAAGCUCAGUGAGUGGAAGCAAAAACAAAGUCAGAGCAAACAAAUAAUUUUUUUUUUUCAAAGUUAAAAAUGAAUGAACAAGUCCAGACUACAGAAAAGCCACGCAGCUUGAGUGACCAACUCCGCCUGGAGGGGAAAUUAACUGACGCCGUAAUCAUAGCUGAGGGAGUGGAGUUUCCAGUUCACAAGAUUAUCCUCUGUAACUGCACCCCAUAUUUUUGUGCUCUCUUCACACGAUGGUCCAGCCCAGACCAAAAGGUGUUUCGCAUACCAGGAAUAUCAUCUCCAAUGAUGCGGCUCAUCCUCGACUAUGCAUACACAAACUCUCUCACUGUCACUGAGGCUAAUGUGCAAGAGCUCCUUCAAGCAGCAGAUCAGCUGAAUGUGCAUGAGGUUGUGCGUGUCUGCUGCAUGUUCCUCGAGCGUCUCAUGAGGCCAGACAACUGCAUCGGCAUCUGGAGGUACGCAACAAUCCGUGUGCACCCUGAGCUGCGUUGGAAUGCCUUCGCCUACAUCUUGCAACACUUUGAGGAGAUUGCUUUGUGUGAUGAGUUCCUGCAGCUCUCUGCAAACGAGCUAGCUGAGAUCAUAGAAAAAGAUGACCUGAAUGUGACAAAGGAAAAUAAGGUGUAUGAGGCCCUUUUGAGGUGGACUUCUCAUGAUCUUCCAGAGCGAGAGUCAUACUUCCAACUUCUCAUGACUAAGAUCCGACUGGCCCUGUUCAAUAUAGACUAUUUCAAAGACAAGCUGCUGCCAAAUGUGCUGGUGAAAAAACAUUGUGUGGGCCUCCUGUCUGAAGCGAUGGGAACCAUGAGUCAACUUAUAUUAUUUAGAACCCAUUUGACCAGCAACUUUGGUCGCCCUCGUCUGCCUAAUGCUAUCCUACUAGCCAUCGGUGGGUGGAGUGGUGGAGAUCCAACCAAUGCCAUUGAGGCAUAUGAUGUUCGUUAUGACCGCUGGACCAAUGUUGGCAACAACCUUGAGCGGCCUUGUGCCUAUCAUGGUGCCGCCUUCCUCAAUGGCUACGUCUAUUGCAUCGGAGGUUUCAAUAGGGUGGAGCAUUUUAACAGCGUUCGCAAGUUUGACCCCGUUGCAUACACCUGGCAUGAGGUGGCUCCCAUGCACCACCGGCGCUGCUACGUGAGUGUGACUGUGCUGAGUGGGUGUAUUUACGCCAUGGGAGGUUAUAAUGGACACGGGCGACUGAACACAGCAGAGUUCUAUAAGCCGGAGACAAACCAGUGGAGUUUGAUUGCUCCCAUGCACGAGCAAAGGAGUGAUGCAAGCUGCACCACUCUUAAUAAUAAGAUUUAUAUUUGUGGGGGUUUCAAUGGAACAGAGUGCCUGCAGACAGCUGAAUUUUACACCCCGGAGACCAACCAGUGGACACUGAUUACCCCCAUGAACAGCCGGCGCAGUGGAAUAGGAGUCAUUGCUUAUGCAGGUCAUGUUUUUGCAGUUGGUGGCUUUGAUGGCAACAGACGUCUGCGCACUGCUGAGGCCUACAACCCUGAGACUAAUCUCUGGACGAAUGUGGGAUCCAUGAUUACCACCCGUAGCAACUUUGGCAUUGAAGUGGUUGAAGAUAGGCUCUUUGUUGUUGGGGGCUUCAAUGGCUAUACCACUUGCUACAACGUUGAGUGUUACAACAACACAACAGAUGUGUGGACUGAGGUCUGCGACAUGGAAAUCUUCCGUAGCGCCCUUAGCUGCUGCGUGAUAACUGGACUCCCCAACAUGGCCGAUUACAUGGUCUCUCGUGAUGCUCUGCUGGAGGAUGAGGAGGAGGAGGGAGAAGAGGAGGAGGAGGAUGAGGAGGAGGAUGAGGAGGAAGAGAUGGAAGCUGGACAUUGAUUCAUCAUUUCCAGUGCCAUUAACUAAGACAGGCACAAAUACAUUACUCAAUUAAUAAACCACUCAGAGCAUUAAACUACA